AUGACUGAUUACUGCAUUCAAAUGAAAGCUGCACAAACAAAUCUACCAGAACAUUUUGAAUGGUACCGUGAACAGAUCGCUGGGCAUCAUCCAUCUGUUUUCAGAAAUGGUCAAUAUGAAAUUGCUGACUGGUUUACGACAGAAAUUGAAGUGCUAUUACCUGUAGUUGAGGAGAGCUGUUUUAUCUUAGGUUUUGGAGCAGGUUUCCUCAAAGAACACGGCAGUGUCUAUCUAUUAAAACCGGUUCAAGAAGGUAUACGAGGUGAACGUGAGGUAAAAGAUAUCGGUUUAUAUACAGAACUAAGUAGUUUGCGCGAACCAUUAAGGAACGAAAAGGAAGAGACUUUGGCAAAACUUGCUUCAUUUUUACCGAAGUAUUAUGGCUUAAAGAAGGUUCAAGUUGGGGAAAAAACGAUUGAUUGUCUAAUUAUGGAAGAUUUAACUGAAGGCUAUGAGCAGCCAUGUACAAUGGAUAUCAAAAUAGGUAAAGUUACCUAUGAUCCAGAUGCACCACCAGAAAAAGUAGCCUCAGAAUCAGUGAAGUAUCCAGCGCAGACGAUACUAGGAUUUCGGCUACUUGGAUACCGAGUAGGUUAUUAA